AUGGAGACCAUUCAUGGGAUUGCGUGUAGGGAUUCUAGGGUCAAGGUCACUGGUAAAGCAACUCCCGGCAAGAAUUUCAAAGGAAAAAACAAACCGAGACAAAAUACACGGAGACCAGUGGCUGAUGGUAAAGGAGAUGCCAGACAAACUCCUAAAGGUGAGAAGCCCAAUAGAAAGCGUAAGGGGGAACCAAGAGGUGGUCCCAGUCCCAACAAGCAGCAGAAACAGGAACCAGCUGGAAACAAAGGGGAGAAAAAGAAAAAGAAGCGAGGAGGUGUCAAGCGUAACAAGGGUAUCACCGACAAUAUGCCCAUAAAAAACAUCCCAAACCUCACAGAACUUCUGCAGAAAGCCACACAUGCCCAGAGAGCCGCACAGAAAGAACUUGACAAAACCGACCGGUGUAAGCUGUUCGUGAAGAAUUUCCCAAUAAGUUACAAGGAGCCAGAGUUGAAAGCUCUGUCAAAAGACAUCUCUGCGGUAGACAUCCACCAAAAUAGAAAAGGCAACUUCAGGUUUGGAUAUCUGACCUUCUCAUCAGAGAAAGUAGCAGAAACGAAUCACAAAGCCCUGCAAGGCAAGGAAUUAGAUGGAACCAAGCUGUAUGUAGACUUCUGUGGAACAAAGGCAAAGAAGGGUGUCAGCAGUAUAAAGGAGGGAAAAUUGAUUGAUCCGUUCAAGCUGUAUAUAAGCCACAUCAACCAAUCAACAAGCAUAAGUGAACUCAGAGGACUGUUCCCGGAAUCUGUUGAAAUCUGGAUCAGAAUCAGUGAGAACGCAAAGAAUGCUAUGGUAUUCUUUGAGAGUGCUGCCAAAGCGAUGAAGAAGCUAGGGGCUGUUGGUGAAUACCUUGCCUUUUACGGGCUCAUCUGCCUCAAUAAGGAAGGACAACCUCUCACACGGGAUGCAGAACGAGAAUUUGUUACAAAAAAGAAAGUAGGUUACAAAAUGGAAAGAUUUGAUGAACCAGGCAAUAACAUGGAGGAUGAUGACAAUGAUGAUGAAGAGGAGGAUGACGACGAUGAUGAUGAGGAGGAAGAAGAAACCAUAAAAAAAGUUGUAAAAAUGGAAAGAUUUGAUGAACCAGGCAAUAACAUGGAGGAUGAUGACGACAACGAUGAUGAUGAGGAGGAGGAAAAAGAACCCAUCAAAAAAGUUAUAAAAAAAGAACAGAAGAAAGGGAAUAAAAAUAUUGUGAAACAAGAAGAUAAAGAUGAUGAUGACGAUGAGGAGAAGGAGGAGCUUGUAGUUUCAACAAAGGUCAAAAUAGAAAAGAAUGAUGAAUGGUGUAACUGAAAAUGUUGUGGAUGAUGAUGAUGAUGAUGAUGAUGAUGAUGAUGAUGAUGACGACGACGACGAUGAUAAUGUUGAAUGACUUUAGGUUAAAAUCCUGGGCAGUUGCACAUUAAGUGAAUCUGAAAUACCCAUUGAUUGCAUUUUAUCAACAUUUUAUCAACAUUGUAUAUAGUGUCAUGACACUCACGAUUUUACAAAGCAUUGGAAAAUGCUGUAAAAAUGGGCAGCAUUCUAGUAUUUAUAUUUUCGACUAGUGCUGUAAAUUUGUUUAAGAAAUUGUUAAUGGAUUUCAUUAAUAAAAGACUAACCCCCUUA